UUUCAGAAUAGAGAAGGACCGGCACAACAUCCUAGGCAGAAAAGGUUUUCAGACAGACGUGGAGAACGACAGUUCGUUUUGUGAUGCGCUUUUAUUGCUAAAUUAAUUCAGCGAGUCACGAACUCACGAUAUCUUGAUUUUAUAUUUUAAAAAAAAAAAAAAAAAAAAAAAAAAAAAACUAAGAGAAAGCGGGAACCGAACUGCCCAAAUCCCCUAACCCUUCUUCUCCGUCUCAGGAUAUCAAAAUAGGGUAUUGUCCCCCUUGUCCAAGUUGGAAGUUGGAACCCUAGCCCCCUUAUUCUCCGUCUCCUUCCCGGCUGCCGGCCACUGAGGGCAAUAGUCCUAACAAUCAAUGCCCUUGCUCCCUUCCUCUUCUCCGUUUCUCUUCACAUCGGCAGCUGAAAACUCCAUCGAAGGCGAUUGCAGCGGCGGGAGGACGACCUACCGCUCCUCUUCUCUGGCGAGUCACCAUAUGAGGCUAUUGAGUUGAGCCCCUGCCUCGGUGACGGUGACCCCUUCUUCUUCUCCGUAUCCGCUCGUCCAGCGAGUGUAUCUUUUAUCUGUGAGCUGAGGAAAGCUAGCAUCUGCAACGAUGGGGUGGUGUAAGCACUGUGCACAAAAUAGAGAAAUGGAGCGUGAUCCUAUUAAUGGAUUCUUAUGUUGUUGUAGUUGCGGAAGGGUUAUUGAUCAGGAUGUAUUCUCCACUGAAGUCACCUUUGUAAAAGGUGCUGGAGGGCAGAGCCAAAUGUCGGGUAAUUAUGUGAGGACCGUGCAAGGCGAGCACUCUGAGUCACAUGAAAGGACUUUAAAUAAAGGAAGAGAUGAAAUCAGUGAAAUGGUUGUAAGUCUAGGUGUUGGUGGUGGAAAUUCAAUAAUUGAUCCGGCUUUUGCUUUCUAUAAAAUAGCGGUUGAGAGGAAUUUUACUAGGGGGCGGAGAACAUCACAGGUUGCAGCUGCUUGCCUUUACAUUGCUUGCAGGGAAAAUAAAAAGGCUUAUCUCCUCAUUGAUUUUUCCGACUACCUGCAGAUUAAUGUUUAUGUGCUAGGCGCUGUCUUUUUGCAGCUUUGCAAACUGCUGAGGCUUGAAGAACAUCCAAUUGUUCAAAAACCUGUUGAUCCCAGUCUUUUCAUUCAUCGUUUCACAGAGCGUUUACUGGGAGGAAAGAAUAUUGAGGUAUCUAGGGCUGCACUGCGCAUUAUAGCUAGCAUGAAGCGGGAUUGGAUGCAGACAGGGAGAAAACCUAGUGGUUUAUGUGGAGCGGCAUUAUACAUAUCUGCACUUUCGCAUGGUCUAAGAUAUUCAAAAUCAGAUGUUGUAAGUGUUGUACAUAUAUGUGAAGCAACAUUGACGAAACGACUGAUUGAGUUUGAGAAUACAGCAUCAGGGAGCUUGACGGUAAGCUUCAUGCUACAAGGAUUAGUUUUAUUGUGGAUCUUGCAAGAAAAAAAUGCCAUGCUUUCUUCCUCUUGACUAUCGUCACUUGAA